CACUGUUGGUUCGAGGUUCACGCAAGUAUGCAAUCGAUCAUUGGACGGGAUCGUGGAAUCUACAGAGCAGUUUUCCUUUUCGAUCGAAAUGAUUUUGGGUUCCAUCUUUCUGAUCAGAUAACCCAAGUUACACAGCCAUGACACUUUAUAUGCCCCUCUUCAGAUCCUGCACCACCCCAAGAAUGCUGUUUCAACUCCACGCCCAUCUCUUAAUCACUGGGCUUGACAGAGACGCACUUGUUUCCACCAAAUUAAUUGAAUCUUAUGCCAGUAUGGGUAGCCUCGAAUCUGCUAGACUGGUCUUUGAUACCUUCUCACAACCAGAUUCUUUUAUGUGGGGUGUACUGAUAAAGAGCUACGUAUGGAAUCUCUACUUUAAAGAAGCCAUUACACUCUAUCAUGAAAUGCUGUAUCAGCGAGCCCAAAUUAGUAGUGUCUUGCUUCCAUCUCUUCUUAGAGCUUGUUCAGGUCUUGGUGAUGUGGGUGUGGGUGGUAAGAUCCAUGGGAAUAUCAUUAAAAGUGGGUUUGACUCUGAUGGCUUUGUGGAGACUGCGUUGCUUUCUAUGUAUGGAGAAAGAGGAGAAUUGGAAGCUGCUCGUGUAAUAUUCGAUAAUAUGUCUACAAGAGAUGUGGUUUGUUGGAGUUCGAUCAUCUCCAGUUAUGUUCGGGAUGGACAACCCUUCAAGGGGUUGGAGAUGUUCCAUAGGAUGGUCUACCAAGGCAUCAAACCGGAUUCCGUUGUGAUGCUUGGUGUAACUGAAGCUUGUGCCGACUUGGGGUUUUUAAGACUAGCUAAGGCAGUUCACGGCUAUAUAGUGAGAACGGAGAUUAAGAAUGCCAGUUCAUUGGAGACUCCUCUUAUUGUUAUGUACAGCAAAUGUGCAGACUUACAUAGUGCAGCGAAGCUCUUGGAGAAGGCAUCUCAGAGAAAUAAUGUUUCAUGGACAGCAAUAGUUUCCUCCUACAACCAGAGUAGCCGCUUUCAAGAAGCAUUAGACAUUUUCGUUAAGAUGCAGGAGUAUGGAGUGGAACCCAGUUCAGUAGUCAUGAGUAGUAUUCUGUUUUCUUGUUCUCAGUUGGUUCGGCUCAAAGAGGGUAGAUCAGUGUUUGGUUCAAUUAUCAGGCAAGGUAUAGACCCUAAUUUUGAUGUUGUAGGACCAGCACUAAUCGAUAUGUAUGCAAGUUGCGGGAGGCUUGGAGAUUCCCAAAAGGUGUUUGAUGCAAUCCAAGAGAAACAAAUAGUCUCAUGGAAUUCACUUAUAACGGUCUAUGCUAGGAAUGGGUUCUCAGAGGAGGCAUUGAGACUCUUUAUUCAGCUACUGGCACAAGGACUGUUUCCAGACUCGUUCACCCUGGCAAGUUCUCUAUCAGCAUGUGGAAAUGUCAGUUUCUUACGGCUUGGGGAUCAGAUCCAUUGUCAUAUUGCCAGAACAGGCUUUGAUUCUAAUGAAUAUGUCCAGAACUCUCUCAUAGAUAUGUACUCCAAAUGUGGGUCUGUGAGCACUGCAUACAAAAUAUUCAGCAACAUUCAGAGGAAAAGCAUUGUAACAUGGAACUCCAUGGUUGGUGGAUUUGCUCAAAAUGGUUAUUCAGUAGAAGCAAUAGGGCUAUUUGAUUGCAUGCAUUCCAAAGGUCUUAGUAUGGAUAAGGUGACCUUCUUAAAUGUAAUUCAAGCUUGUUCACAGUUGGGUUAUCUAGAAAAGGGAAAAUGGAUCCAUCAUAAGCUCAUAAUCUAUGGUGUGGAGAAAGAUUCUCAUGUUGAAACGGCUCUCACAGACAUGUAUGCAAAAUGUGGUGAUCUUCAGAUGGCUCAAAGAGUCUUUGAUGACAUGUUAGAUGGGACUGUGGUAUCAUGGAGUGCAAUGAUAGGUGGCUAUGGAAUGCAUGGUCACAUUGAUUCUGCAAUUUCCCUCUUCACCAAAAUGGUAGAUUCAGCAAUAAAACCAAAUGAAAUAACCUUCAUGAAUAUUCUAUCAGCCUGUAGUCAUGCGGGAUCUGUGGAAAAGGGGAAAUCCUAUUUUAAUUUGAUUCGAGAUUUCGGCAUGGAGCCCAGCUUGGAUCAUUAUGCUUGUAUGGUUGAUCUUCUAAGCAGAGCCGGUGAUUUUGAUGGAGCAUUUGGAUUCAUCAAAUCAAUGCCAGUUCCUGCAAAUGCAAGUAUUUGGGGUGCUCUUCUAAAUGGAUGUCGUAUUCAUCACAGAAUAGACCUCAUCAGAAGCAUUGAGGAAAACCUCUUGGAUCUAGAAAAAUUUAAUUCAGGGCAUUAUAUAUUACUAUCUAAUAUAUAUGCUGAGGAAGAAAAGUGGGAUGAGUUUGGGAAGGUAAGAUCAAUAAUGAAACAUGUUGGUCUGAGGAAGGUUCCUGGAUACAGUACAAUUGAGAUAAAUAGAAGGAUCUACAGAUUUGGAGCAGGAGAUACAUUCCAUCCACAAACAAAGGAAAUAUAUAGGUCUUUGGAAAAUCUCAUAACUUUAGCUCAAGAACAAGGUUAUCUUUUGGAUGCUGCAAUCCAUGGUACAAGCCUAGGACCCAGGAGCAACAAUGUUAAGAGUCACAGUGAGAAGCUGGCAAUUGCAUUUGGAGUUAUCAGCUCUGCUGCGGGGACAACAAUACGCAUCUCAAAGAACCUUCGUGUUUGCGUGGACUGCCAUAUUUUUGCAAAAUUUGUGUCCAAGAUCACAGGUAGAGAGAUCAUCAUGAGAGAUUUGAAUCGGUUCCAUCAUUUAAUAAAUGGGAGUUGCUCUUGUAGAGAUUAUUGGUAACAAGCCUGAUUACAAAUAGGAAUACAAAAAUGGACAAAUACCCCCCCUCCCACCCCAAAUAUGAUGGUACAGUGUCAUUAAUGUUAAAUCCCAGUGAAUUUGAACACAUUUGGAAUC